AUGCGCGAGGAUAAUGAUAUCGUCACCCCGAGAGGCGACAAUGGUUCGUUCCAGCUGCUUACCAUGCUGAAGUAUUUUGUAGCGUUAGAGAAAAAGACGGAUCUACUCCGCCGGCACCGCAGGUUUAAGCUCGAACGAGUUUCGCAAGUUAUGAAGUGGGUGAGUGAACCGAACGAAUGGCUGACUGUAUCUUUUUUAAUAUUGCAUUGUCGUUUUCCUUUCCAUUUAUUUGCACACGCCAAAAAGGUCGAGAAACCGUUUGUCCGCUGUUGCUUCCAAGAUAUUGUAACUGUUCAGUCUGAAACGUUUGAGUGACAGACAGGUUUAGAAUAAACCAACCACAACAACCAAAAAUCAAAGGCAAAGCACCAUUAAUAACAGGAACAACAAGCUUACAAGUGUAGGUUGUUUACGAUGCUUUGAGGUCUAGCUAGGUAGGCUAGUUUCGUUGUGAAUUAAAGCCAACGGAAAGAGAACCAUUGGCAAUGUAAUGCAUUGCGGGCGACGUUGUCAGGCAGAACCUGUCGUUCAUUCAUGUCGACUGCCUUGGGUGUAGGUUUUUGCUGCUGGCUGCAAAGUUGCAGAAUCAGUCAGUGAAUUCCAGCGCUUGCAGAAAAACGUCUCAAACGCGCCAGUAUGACCGAUGUUUCAAAGUUGAUCGUUUGUUUUUAUAGGUAAACUAUAAUUGGGCCAAAUGUAGCCUACACCAACUUCAGUUGGGGAAAAUGCAGCGACCAAUUUAAAAGAGCACAUGACACAGAGAGAAGACACACACACCUUGCUUGGCUGCAUACUGGGGGAUAGCUUUGUGUUAUAACGUUAGAUAGCUUCUUAGCUCAUUACCUGGGCAUUCUUUUUAAUGUGUUGUUGUUGUUGCAGUGAAGAGAACAAGAGUGCUCUGAGAGCUACCUGUCUGUAGUGAAUCUAGGCUAUAGCCUGAGUGCCAGUCUGUUUGUGCUUUAUUGACUACUGCUUGUCACUCAUUGUCAUCCCGAACAUUUUCAUCAUGGCAAACUUGACAGUUGUCAUGAUGACAAUGAGUUGGCAUAACAGCACAAAUAGAUAUAGUACCAGGCUAGAGAUUCUAAGGUCAGUUUCCGGGAUAGGUGGACACAGAUUAAGCUUAGUCCUGGAUUUAAAAGGCAUUUCAAAUGAAGAUUCUUCAUUGAGCAUGCGUUUUAGUCCAGGACUAGGCUAGGUUUGAUCUGUGUCCUAGAAACCAGGCCAGGGCCAACUUCAGUUCAUCUUACUCCUACUUCCACAGUGAAUUCAAUGCUCUGGGGUGAAGUUUCCCCUAGGUACAGAUCUAGGGUCAGUGUCCCCUCCUCCAAUCCUAACCUUAACCAUUAGUGGGGAAAAUGACCCAAGAUGGGAAUCUUCCACAGUUAGAAGUCAAUAGGAACUGUAUCUAUGCGGGUAUUGUAUCUAUCUCUACUUGUAUUGUCUGUGGGCCUUCAUCUACCCCGGGACCCACCCUAAGUUUAGUUGUCUUGGCCUAGUGACAGUUGACAGCAGAAUACUGGUCUGUUCUGUUGCCGUGACGACACGGGGAGAACUUUAGCACAACAGGGCAGUGUAAUUACAGAGCUGUGUGUCAGCCUGUGGAAUUACUUCCAGGUUUCCUCCAUUCUCUUUCUCUCCUCUAUCUUUUACUCCCUCUUCAUUUUUCUCACAUUAGGCAUAUACGCCCAGUCUCUCUCUCUCUCUCUCUCUCAUAUCCUUGACCCUUUCUCAUUCUCCCUAUCCCUCUCUCUCUCUUCCUGACGAUGUAUGGCUUUGUGGAAUCUCUCUCUCUCUCUCUCUCUCUCUGAACCCCUCUUUUUUGAUGUGUUCCGCUCUCUGAACCACUCUCUUUUCUUUGUUCCGUUCACAUAGUUAUCUGGGGAGUCUCUCUGUUGUUUUUUAUUUUCCUCUGUUCCCUCAACUGAGUGACAACACAAUGCACUGAAAAACAAGAGGACCUUGCUUCUGCCCGUAGACAAAUAAUUAUAGUUCUGUGCUUCUGAUACAGCAGUCCUUAGACUUUUUCUGUUCUGUGUGCUGAUUCUGUUUCCUGUCUGUCUGUCUCUCUCUCUCUCCUCUGUUAGUUUUACCAUUGUGUGAACUGAUUAUCAGUCAGCCGAUAAAAACUGUCAGACUGACCAAAUAUUCCCAUCUACCCUGUCAGCCCCACCCCCUCAUUUGACCCCCUUAUACCCUCUCCUCCAACCCUCUCCUCCUCCCUCUCCUCCAACCCUCUCCUCCUCCCUCCUCCUCCCUCUCCUCCCUCUCCUCCAACCCUCUCCUCCAACCCUCUCCUCCAACCCUCUCCUCCUCCCUCUCUCCCUCUCCUCCUCUCUCUUUCUCUCUUUCUCCCUCCCUCCUCCCCUCCUCCCUCCCUCUCUCCCUCCCUCCCCUCCUCCCUCCCUCCCCUCUCCUCCUCCCUCUCUCCCUCCCUCUCCUCCGGCCGGAACAUAAUUGCAAAUAAAUAUUUUGUAGACUGCAAAUUGACCGCAAGAAGCCCAAACAGAUAUGUUUGACUAAAUCAUAAUCAUUUCAAACCUUGCUUACAUUUUUUUGCUCAGAAAACUUGGGGGGCCAAAUAAAACCGCUGGGCCGCCAGUUGGGGAACCCUGCCCUGGGCCUACAUAUAUAGUUCUAAGUUUACAUACUGUUUCUCCUCCACAGCAACUUUAACUUUGCAUUUAUAAAAUACUCAUAAAUAUAUUAGUGUUAUUCUGUAAGUAUACUGUAUCUUCUUGCUAACCUGCCGUUGUUAGACAGUGCAGUAAAUCUGUUUCUCAUCACUCAGUGUUUUCACUGACAGGCCUGCAUGAUUUGCGUUGUUUGGCUGUAGUACAGAUCAACUUUGACCUGGAGGAAGAUGUUCAGGGGUUGUUGACAGUGACACACACACACACACAGACACUGAUGUUCACGCAUGCACACACACGAACACACACACACACACACACACACACACAGAGAAAGGGGACAUGGGCCCUGGUCAAAGGUAGUGCACUAUAUAGGGAAUAGGGUGCCAUUUGGGACUUGUCUCUGUGAUAAGACCAGCAGUCUGACAAUAUGCCCCGGGAGAGUGAGAGAAAAUUGAGGAAGGGAGGACAGAGGAGCAGAAAGACAGUCAGUGACUGGAGAGUUGGAGCAUUGACAGAGUUGGAGAUAAUGGAGUGUGAAAUAAAGAAAGAGAGCGAGGGAGGCAGAGAGGGAAAGACAGAGGGAGAGAAUGUAGAGAGAAAGACAGAGAGCGAGAGACUCAAGAGGGGGAAGAUGUGAGAAAAUAUGGAAAUCCCUAGGUGAUGAAUUUGAAUGGACUCCAAAGCACAGACAGACCUGACCAAGACAUUAGAGAUUUGGAGUGAAAAGUUCAAAGAAAGAGAGCAAGUUAGAGAGAGAGAAUGGGUCUGUAGGAGAGAAAGAGAGAAUAUCUAUGAUGGAGAGAUAAAGACAGAGAUAAGAGAGCGAGAGAGGAGAGAGAAUAUAGACUAGUGAGAAGUUAGACAGGAUGUGUAGAAUGAACAUGUUGAAUCCAUUAACUUCCACAGUGCAAUGCCCUUUGGCCAGGAGCCAAUCAGAUCUGCCCUCAGCUGUCUGCCUCUGAUGAGGUCAUCACGGAGAAGUUGACUGUUCCAGGAAAAUAACCAUGGAACUCCAACCAAGACACACACACACACACAUAGGGCCCUAAACAAUCAGCGCUGCGGACGGAAUCAAGGAAUCCAGACAUUAAAAUGGAAUUCAACAAUAUUCAACAUUUUAUUGAAAUUAGUAGGAAAUCAAUGAACUUAUUCGAAAAUGCAUUCAUUUGCGCAAGUUUAUCAUAAGACAUUAACAAAAUACAUCAGUGAUUCGUAUUUUCCUGCAACUUUCUGAAACGGCACAGAAAUGCCCCUGUGUGUGUGUGUCUACACUUUGUUUGGCUGUUAGCGACGAUGCUAAUGAUAACCUUCUUCUGGUAGAGAUGGAAAGGCUUUCCCAAAAACCUUCUCAUUUAAAUGUUAACUACAAAGUAGCCAAUGCCAACCUGGAAGAAUGAUAUCAUCAAUCCAGUGGCCAUUUGUUUAGCAACAUUUUGCAAUCACAUGAGCGCUACAAAAACAUCGCUAACCAAACAACAAUCUCUUCCUGGUGCUCACUUGCAUUAAAGGGCAACUAAACCCCAAAAUCUAAAUUUCUUGUUUUUCCCAGACCUGGUCUUCUGAUGUGGUUGUAAGUGUUGUGGACUUACAACAUCCAAUUUAGUUGUUUUUCUAUUAAAAAGGUGUGAUUUUGAGAGCGAAAACCUGAAGAAAACAGAAACCUGGAAAAAUAAAACAGAAUUUUGAAAAACACAAAACGGAAUCAGGCUAAAAAUAAAACUGAUUUUAUAAGGCCCUACAUACAUAUGCACACAUGCAUGACACACACACACACACAAACCGGUGUCAAAUAUAUAUAUAUAUAUAUAUAUAUAUAUAUAUAUAUAUAUAUAUAUAUAUAUAUAUAUCCUGUCACGUUAAAGACUGUUUUGUUUUGUGUUUGUAGGGUCACAUGGUCUUUGUGAAGAGGUCAAGCACACUAGAACACUACCAGCACACAGAGCAAUAAUCAUAACCAGUGGCUGUGGUUCUGGGUUGUCUGGAAACCUGAUUUUGCCGUGGCUAAAGAUGCAGAUUUCUGUGCAUGUGCAGGAUUUCUUUUUUUAAAGUAGCUGCUGCUCAGUGCUCCGCUGCAGCUUCCCCCUCCUUGAUCGGCGAUAAGGGCCGUUGUCUGGUGUAGCCUACAAAACUUCAUGUUGUACACAAAGGACAUGAUUGACAUGUUUGUACAAACUCGCAGUUCGUUUUUUGUACCAAUGCAAAACUCAAGUGGGGAGUUACAUGCAGCUAUCUAGGCAGCAUAUCAAACAAGCAAGACACAGACACGCAGUCUAAUUAGCGAUGUAAUGUUCUUUUUUUAAUCAUCAUUGCAAACAUUGGCUAAGCAGGAGGCAGACAGGUAGUCGGAGUAGUAGUGUUAUUUUUCAGCAACUCUGGCUGAUGAUUACGAUAUGGCAGCAACUACAAAGAUUAGCCUACGUCAUCACACAAAACGCAGAUUGUUUUUGCUCCAAUGUGUAGGGACUACGUCCUGCUUGUGUAUCUGCAAUAUCCGUUACAACAGACAGAAUGUUGUAGCCUUCAUAAUGGCCUUGAAUGUUCGUUCAAAUUGCCGCGGGGUUCUGUGUUCUCAGCCACGGUCAUAAUCAUAUACUUUAUUGAUUUUCUCUGAUCAUUUCCUUGUUCUGUGUUCGCUCUGAGCUUUACAUCUCUGGUAAGUCUGUUUUGGUUCAACUCUGAACACACACAUAGGCCUAGUAUGGUAAAACUCUAUUCAAACAGUAAUUCCAACACUUCAGUGGUGAUACAAAUACACAUGUUUUGAUUUAAGCCUUGUUUCUGUUACAGAGGCUUUAGUCUUUAGUUUAUUAGCUGGUAUGAGUUUUCUUGAACUCUAAUCGCUAGGACACACACCACCUCCAGUUAGUAAUAAGCAUGAUGUUUGUAGUUACGCUACAUGGGUUUAAAUGGGUUUCAAAGCAACAGGACAGGAAGUGUCUUCUUUGUAUUUGAGUUGGGACUAAACAACGCAACACAGAUUUUAGGAUUAAACAAGCCUGAACUCCUACAAUGCCCCCCCCCCCCCCCCCCCCAUGACGCAGUACAAAUUGGUCUGACAAAGAAUUCUCUCUCUCUUACCAACCUCAUGAAUAUUCAUAAUAAGUUCUGGUGCAUGAGCAGCAUUCUAGAACUCAUGUGAUCAGAAAGAUAUCUGGCCACAGAAUGCUCAUUACAAUGUGAAUGGAUGGUGGUGGCUCUCCUAUCCAUCACAUAAUCAUAUGCUUGGUGUGAAGGCCUAGUAUGAUGUAGGCCUAGUAUUGUAUUCUAACACUUCACUGGUGAUACACACACACACACACACCAGCUGCUGUUGCUGUGUUUUGUUGGUAUUUACAUUUUACAUUUACGUCAUUUAGCAGACGCUCUUAUCCAGAGCGACUUACAGUUAGUGAAUACAUUUUUUUUAUUUUUUAUACUGGCCCCCCGUGGGAAUCGAACCCACAACCCUGGCGUUGCAAACGCCAUGCUCUAUCAACUGAGCUACAUCCCUGCCGGCCAUUCCCUCCCCUACCCUGGACGACGCUGGGCCAAUUGUGCGCCGCCCAUGAGUCUCCCGGUCGCGGCCGGCUGCGACAGAGCCUGGAUUCGAACCAGGAUCUCUAGUAGCACAGUUAGCACUGUUAGUAUGAUAAAGAACUGCUUUUACGAGGUAAACGAGGUGUGUGUGUGUCCAGGUGCUACAACAAAGUGCUACUAGCUGAAACACGAAGGAGAACUUCAAUCACCACUCCUUAUGAUUCCUAACAUUCUUCUCUCUCUCUCUCUCUCUCUCUCUCUCUCUCUCUCUCGCUCAGGUAGUUUUUGCAACACUAUGCUAGGAGAGUGGAGAGGCGGGACUAGGCGGACAAGGGUGUGACCCUUCUCUGUGAUUGGUGGACAGAGAUUGACGGACGGACAGAAGGAUAAAGAGGACGAGACAGACUGGAGAGGAGAGACUGAGAGAGAGAGAUGGAUCACAAUGUCAACUUUGACCUGACUCCUCACCACAUGGAGGCUGGCCUGGAGUGAGUAUUAUUAGACUAUACCAAUGGAGGCUGCUGAGGGGAGGACGACUCAUAAUAAUGGCUCGAAUGGAGUGAAUGGAAUGGUAUCAAACUCUCUAUGAUGUUUUGGUAAACAGAAGAGAGGGUUAAAAUAAGACAAUGACAGAGUUAACUGUCUGUUUGAUGUUCUUUGAGGCAACUCUUUGAGGCCCAGUUCUGUACAGUACCAGUAUUCAGCCAGACCCAUUGUUCCCACAGAACAGACUGACUGUGUUUGUUUGACUGUUUGUAUAGUCUUUGUUCCUUUCGUGUGUGUGUGUGUGUGUGUGUGUGUGUGUGUGUUCUUGUAUUUACUGAGGAGAAUCUUCUGAGUGAGUCACUUCCUGUGGUGUUCAACUGCAGGGUCCCUGGGGAGCAAAAGGCUUGUGAUUGGUGGUUCCUUUCGAAUUAGGUCUUAAAGGCCAUGAAAUAUUUAAUAUGAAGAGUUGUCAGUGCUUAUCAAGGUGGUCAAAGCCUAGUGGUGAGGGAGUGUUUACACAAUGUCUGUCUGUUUUUCUGAACAGUGGUUACUGGUUAGGGGUGUGUUUGUUUUUAGUGGUUAGAAGUGUAUGUAUGUGUGUUUGUAUCCGACCCACUGAAGUACGCUCUCAUCUCUCUCUUACUCUAUUUCUCCCUCAUUUCUCUCUCCCCUCUCUCUCUCAUCCUCCCCCUCUCUCUAUCUCAUCCUCCCCCUCUCUCUCCCCCUCUCUCUCCCCCUCUCUCUCCCCCUCUCUCUCCCUCCCUCUCUCCCUCCCUCUCUCCUCUCUCUCCGCCUCUCCCUCCCUCUCUCCUCUCGCUCUCUCUCGCUCCUUCUCUCCCUCUCUCUCUCCCCCCCCCCACCUCUCUCUCUCUCUCUCUCUGUAAUAGGAGCCCAGUGGAUGAGGAGGGGGUCCAUGACUCCUUUAACCAGCUGAUAGAGGAUCAGAGACAGGAAGCCUUUGAGCUGCAGGAACUACAGAGAGAACUGGAUGAGGAGGAAAGAGGUAGUGUUUGUGUGUGCGUGCAUACAUGCGAGUGAGACUGUGUGUGUGACUGCUUGAAUGUGUAGGAGGGAAAGACAGAGUGUUAGUGUGCAUGUCUUCAUGUGUUGGUGUCUGCUGGUGUGAGUUUUAUAUGUAUGUGUGUGUGUGUGUGUGUGUGUAUACCUCCAUAAACCUCAUACUCUCCUAUCUCCAGACAGUGUAGCGUACCUGUCCAGCCCUGGUCGGGAGAUAUGGCGUGGGGGCCAGGGGAGGGGGGAGGAGGGGGAGGAGGGGAGACAGUUAGACCCCCUUAUAGAGGAACGCUGGUCCUCCGCCACCCUCAGAGUCCUCUCCUCCAUGCCCAGCCGCACCAUCGGUAAGUCACCCCUACGACACCCUUAUGACACACUUAUGAAACCUCUACGACACUGUUAUUACAGUCUUAAGACAGCUGUAUGUACACCUAACUAGUAUUUCUUCUUUUCACACUUCAUGAGAGAGAGAGGUAGUUUCAGAAGUCGAAACUAUUUCUGCCAUUGUCGUGUGACUGUUAGUUCCUCUAGCAGGUGCACCAGCAGCCAGUCAGCCAGCCAGUCAGUCAGCCAGUCAGCCAGUCAGCCAGCCAGCCAGUCAGCCAGUCAGCCAGUCAGCCAGUCAGUCAGCCAGUCAGCCAGUCAGCCAGUCAGUCAGCCAGUCAGUCAGUCAGCCAGCCAGUCAGCCAGCCACUAUCAACCCAUCAACAGAUACUGUAUCUAACACAGUGGCUCUAAAAACACCAUGGCACAAACUAGAGUUCUGUCCGUCUAUCAGACAGUUUAGGAACCAUGCAUCUACACACACACCUCUUCACUUUCUCUCCUCUCUCUAGGUCGCAGUCGAGGUGCUAUCAUCUCUCAGUACUGUAACAAGACCAUGAAGUUGAGGAGACGCAGACAGAGCAGACCUUCCAUAAAAGACUUUUCCCGCUCCGCACGACCCAGUAUCCGUGGUUACGGCGUGGAGACGGGAGGCGUGGAGACCGACGGCGUGGAUGGGGAGGGUGAGGUCACUUGCGUAAACGUUACACACACACACACACACACACUGAAAUACCAACAUUUUUGUUGUAAUGAUGUCAUAACCUACGCAUAACUAAUGUGUGUGUGUGUCCGUGCAUCUGUCCAUCUGUGUGUGUGUGUGUGUGUGUGUGUGUGUGCUGCAGGGCGUAAGCGUGACCACCUGGUCAACAACCUUCAGAACCUCUCUCUGAGUGACCGGGUCAGGAUGCUGCGAGCCAUGCCUCUGUCUGUGGCUGAGAAGAGUGAACUAAGGUAUCUACACUCCUCUAUCACCCCUCUCUCUUUCUCCAUCCCUCUAUCACCCCUCUCUCUCUCUCUUUCUCCAUCCCUCUAUCACCCCUCUCUCUCUCUUUCUCCAUCCCUCUAUCACCCCUCUCUCUCUCUCUUUCUCCAUCCCUCUAUCCUGCUGUCUCUAUCUCUCUGAUGCUCUGAGCCAUGCCUCCCUCUGUGGCAGAGAAGAGUGAACUAAGGUAUCUGCACUCCUCUAUCACCCCUCUCUCUCUCUGUCUUAUCCUAUCACUCUCUUUCUGUCAGACUCUUCCCUCUCAUUAUUCUCUCUCUCUCCUCCUCCUCUCUGCAGCUCUAUCAAUAGUUGUCAUGGUCUCAUCCUCUAUUCCUCUGUCUGUACAUCUGUCACUCACUUGUGUAUCAUCUUGUAACCCCCAUCCCUCUCUCUCCCCUCAUCCCUCUCACUCCCCCCAUCCUUCUGUCUCCCAUCAUUCCUCUCUCUCCAGGAGGUUGGCUGAUAGGAAGGGUCUACGCUCCACAGUCAGAUCCCCUGCUGUAGCCAGCUGAAGUAUAACAUCAUCAACGUAAGUCACACAGACAAACACAGUCAGAUCCGCUGCUCAAAUAUUACAUUGGUCCAGUUCCUGCCCGGAUACAUUUCAGGCGUUGCAUUGCAUCAACCAAUGGUUGUGCGCCACCACAUUUACAUUUACAUUUUAGUCAUUUAGCAGACGCUCUUAUCCAGAGCGACUUACAGUUAGUGAACACAUAUAUUUUUUUUUUAUACUGGCCCCCCGUGGGAAUCAAACCCACAACCCUGGCGUUGCAAACGCCAUGCUCUAUCAACUGAGCUACAUCCCUGCCGGCCAUUCCCUCCCCUACCCUGGCCCUGGCCAUUCCCUCCCUCCCCUACCCUGACGCUGGGCCAACUGUGCGCCGCCCAUGAGUCUCCCGGUCGCGGCCGGCUGCGACAGAGCCUGGAUUCGAACCAGGAUCUCUAGUGGCACAGUUAGCACUGCGAUGCAGUGCCUUAGACCACUGCGCCACUCAGGAGUACCACGUCAUGGACUGCAGCUGGCCAUCAGAUUGCUGUAUCAUAUGAUGUGGUUACUAUCUGAUAUGUUCAACACCUAGUCAGGCCUUGUGAGAUCUGGCAGGAGUCUGUCAACGUAGUCAGGCAGGAACGCCACCACUAUCAUGUAUUACAUCAUCGUGAGUCACCACCCCGUGACCUCAUUCUACUUCUACAUUCUACUUCCUGUAGUGGGACAGUCGCUCAUCUAAUGAGGUACUAAUUUUAUCAGCUGAUCUGUCUAGACAGCAAUCAUCGUGUCUGUCAUAGUUUCUGUACAAGUCAGGGGUUUACAGCUUUAGUCUCCCAGCGCUCGCCACACACAGACAGACAGACAGACACACAGACAGACAGACACACAGACAGACACACAGACAGACAGACAGACAGACAGACACACAUAGACAGACAGAUCUUUGUGACAGUAAUGUGAUGUUGGUGGGUGUUUCCUGUAGCUGUGUGUAUCAGUAUCUACUGAUGGUGUUAUAGCCCUCUUGCCCAACACUUAAUGCCCCUGUGAGUGUGAAUCAUGAAGUAAUUUCCCUUAGACAAGUCCCUACUCAUUACGUCAAAGCAGAGUUUCUCAGAUGUCAACUAAGUUAUUAUGAGGCUUUUUUAGUUCAUGGGGAAACAGAAUGUGUGUGUUCCUAUAAUUCUAAUUCUCUGCUCAAUGGGUUAGUAUGUGGACACAAACAUUACUGUACUUGACACUGACCCUCUCCUCUCCUCUCCUCCAGGCUCUGAGACAUAGCUGGUACAGCUGUCUGUCCUUCCUCCACUCCCUACAGCUGUGGCAGGUAACUCUCUCUCUCUCUCUCUCUCUCACAUUAUAUCUCUCUGUUCUUUCUCACUAUCUCUGUUCCUCUUCCCCAGGUGGCGCUGAAGAGGGUGAGCGGUCGUUUCGGCACCGGCGUCCUCUCCUACUUCCUGUUCGUCAAGACCCUCCUCUUCUUCAACGUCUUCCUGUUCCUGGUCACGGUUUUGUUCCUGGCCCUGCCCCAGGCAGUACACCCCCCCAGGUUAACCCAGGGACACGUAGCCUUCUCUGGGCUGGAGCUGCUCACUGGAGGGGUAAGAACCAGACAUUCACCUCAUACCAAACAUACUGUCCCAUAACCCCAAACAGCACCAGGCAUUACACCCCUCCAGGCUGCUCACUGGAGGAGUAUCCUCAUACCAAACAUACCUCCCCCUCUCCGUCCCCCGUCUCACUCUCUCCCUCCUCUCGCUCGCUCUCUCUCUCUCCUCUCUCUCUCUCCCUCUCCCCAGGGUUAUUUCUCAGACUCAGUGAUGUACUAUGGUUACUAUAGUAACUCUACCCUGUAUAAGAACUGUAGUGUCAGUAGUAGCGGUAUGGACCAGCAGCCCAGUCACUCUCCAUCUAAAAGGACAAUGGAAACAGACUGCGGAGUGAAGCUGUCCUACAACAUGCCCCUGGCAUACUUCUUCACCAUAGGAGGAGCUUUCUUCAUCACCUGCAUCAUCCUCGUCUACAGGUGUGUGUGUGUGUGGGGGGGGGGGGGGGUGUCUCUGUCUUUCAUCAGAGAGAGAGAGAGACUACUUCAGUGUACACUGAGUAUACCAAACAUUAGGAACACCUUCCUAAUACUGAGUUGCACCCCCUUUUGCCCUCAGAACAGCCUCGAUUUGUCAGGGUUAUGGACUCCACAAGGUGUUGAAAGCGUUCCACAGGGAUGCUGGCCCAUGUUGACUCCAAUGCUUCCCACAGUUGUGUCAAGUUGGCUGGAUGUCCUUUGGGUGGUGGGCCAUGCUUGAUACACACGGGAAACUGUUGAGCGUGAAAAACCCAGCAGUGUUGCAGUUCUUGACACACUCAAACCGAUGCACCUGGCACCUACUACCAUACCCUGUUCGAAGGCACUUCAAUCUUUUGUCUUGUCCAUUCACCCUCUGAAUGGCACACAUACACAAUCCAUGUCUCAAUUGUCCCAAGGCUUAAAAAUCCUUCUUUAAACUGUCUCCUCCCCUUCAUCUACACUGAUUGAAGUGGAUUUAAGAAGUGACAUCAAUUAGGGAUCAUAGUUUUCACCUGGAUUCACCUGGUCAGUCUGUCAUGGAAAGAGCAGGUGUUCCUAAUGUUUUGUACCCUCAGUGUAUUUAGAUGUUAAAUGACAGGACUUACAGGACUAACAGUUCACAAAGUAAGGGGUGUGUGUGUGUCCUCCCCCCAGCAUGUCCAAGUCGUUUGGUCAGAGUUUCCGUAUAGACAAGUCUCAUGGUAUCCUGGCGAUGAAGGUGUUCACUUCCUGGGACUUUAAAGUCAUCAAGAAGACCUCCGUCAAACUCCGCUCUGAAAACAUCUGCACUCAACUCAAGGUAGGGACACGUACAGAUGCACGCUCCUUUGACACGUACACACACUGUUUGUGUUUGUCCGGUAUCCUUUUGAACUUCCAGGUCAAUAUUGAGCUACUCCAGUUUGUUUUCUUUUAAUUUGUCAAAGGACAUUCUCCUUACAGCGUCCUAUACAUCCCACACACACUCCCACACACACACACUCCCAUACACACACACACUCCCAUACACACACACACUCCCAUACACACACACACUCCCAUACACACACACACACUCCCAUACACACACACACUCCCAUACACACACACACUCCCAAACACACACACACUCCCAUACACACACACACUCCCAUACACACACACACCCCAAACACCACACACACUCCCAUACACACACACACUCCCAUAACACCCACACUCCAACACCACACACACACACACUCCCAUACCACACACACACACACUCCCAUACACACACACACUCCCAUACACACACACACUCCCAAACACACAUACACUCCCAUCACACAUACACACACAUGCAAUAAUGUUGUUAGUCAGUCAGGAAUGUGAUGACAUAAGAUAUUUGUUUUGUUUUGCAAGAAAACUUGAAGAGGAAAAAGCUAAUUCGCCUAAUUCAAAUCAAAUCAAAUUUUAUUGGUCAAAUGCGCCGAAUACAACAGGUGCAGACAUUACAGUGAAAUGCUUACUUAAGCCCUUAACCAACAGUGGCAUUUAUUUAAACAAAAAAAGUAAGAAUAAAACAACAAAAAAAAGUGUUGAGAAAAAAAGAGCAGAAGUAAAAUAAAGUGACAGUAGGGAGGCUAUAUAUACAGUAAAAUAAAGUGACAGUAGGGAGGCUAUAUAUACAGGGGGGUACCGUUGCAGAGUCAAUGUGCGGGGGCACCGGCUAGUUGAGGUAAUAUGUACAUGUGGGUAGAGUUAAAGUGACUAUGCAUAAAUACUUAACAGAGUAGCAGCAGCGUAAAAAAGGAUGGGGUGGGGGGGCAGUGCAAAUAGUCCGGGUAGCCAUGAUUAGCUGUUUCAGGAGUCUUAUGGCUUUGGGGGUAGAAGCUGUUUGAGAAGUCUUUUGGACCUAGACUUGGCACUCCGGUACCGCUUGCCGUGCGGUAGCAGAGAGAACAGUCUAUGACUAGGGUGGCUGGAGUCUUUGACAAUUUUGAGGGCCUUCCUCUGACAUAAUUAAUCAUGAUCAGUUGUUAGAGGAGACUAAUCGUAACCAUGUCUCUCUCUCUCUCUGUAGGAGUUGUUAGCGGAGACUAAUCGUAACCAUGUCUCUCUCUGUCUGUAGGAGUUGUUAGAGGAGACUAAUCGUAACCAUGUCUCUCUCUGUAGGAGUUGUUAGCGGAGACUAAUCGUAACCAUGUCUCUCUCUGUCUGUAGGAGUUGUUAGCGGAGACUAAUCGUAACCAUGUCUCUCUCUCUCUGUAGGAGUUGUUGGAGGAGACUAAUCGUAACCAUGUCUCUCUCUCUCUCUGUAGGAGUUGUUAGCGGAGACUAAUCGUAACCAUGUCUCUCUCUGUCUGUAGGAGUUGUUAGCGGAGACUAAUCGUAACCAUGUCUCUCUCUCUCCUGUAGGAUUGUUAGAGGAGACUAAUCGUACCUGUCUCUCUCGUCUCUGUAGGAGUUUGUUGAGGGAGACUAAUCGUAACCAUGGUCUCUCCUCUCUCUCUGUAGGAGUUGUUGGAGGAGCUAUCGAACCAUGUCUCGCUCCUCUCUCUUUCUGUAGAGUUGUUAGAGGAGACUAAUCGUACCAUGUCCUCUCUCUCUCCUCUGUAGGUAGUUUGUUGGCGAGACUAAUCGUAACCAUGUCGCUCGGCUCUCUGUAGGAUUUUUGGAGGAGAACUAAUCGUAACCAUGUCUCUCUCCUCUCUGGAGGAGUUGUUAGAGAGGACUAAUCCGUAACAUGUCCUCUCUCUCUCUGUAGGGUUGUUGGAGAGACAAUCGUAACCAUGUCUCUCUCUCCUUCUCUCUGUAGGAGUUGUUUGGAGGAGACCUAAUCGUAAACCAUGUCUCUCUCCGUCUCUGUAGGAGUGUUAGCGGGACUAAUCGUAACCAUUUCUCUCUCUCUCUUUAGGAGUUUUGUUGGAGGGGAGACUAAUCGUAACCAUGUCUCUCUCUCUUAGGGUUGUGGGGAGACUAUUAACCAUGUCUUCCCCCCUUCUUGGGGUUGUUAGAGGGAUAAUCGAAACCCAUGUCCCUCUCCCUCUUUUUAGGAGUUUUUGAGGGCAAAAUCUAACCAGUCUCUCCCCUUCUGUAGGAGUUUUUAGAGGAACAAAUGUAACCAUGUCCUCUCUCCCUUUUCUGUGGGGAGUUUUAAGGAGACUAAUCGAAACCCAGGUCCUCUCUCUCUUCGGUCGAGGAUUUUUGGAGACUAAUGGAAGCAUGCCCAAAGACAGUUUUUAGAGAUAGGCUGUGACAGAAUGGUCUGGCAUGGUUUUCUGUAUGGGGCAUACUGUGGCCGUUUCUAUUUUUGUACUACUUCUCUGAGUACAUGCCAAGGAAAGAGACACCUUUUUAAAGCUCCUUUCAGUUUCACCCUCCAACUUCCCCUUCCCCCCCUUCUUCCCCCCCUCUCUAGGACCUCCAGUACGAUCUCGUUUCCCCUAAGGGGGCCCCCCUCCCUAAAGGGAAGCCAUCUUUUAGCCCUGCCAUCGUAGUGUCCUCAUCACCUCCUGCCCCCCGGGCCUCUUCAACGCUCUGCCGGGAUGGGGGAGUACGACUCCCCCCCGCGUACACCCCUACGUCUCCCUCACGUGAGGGGUGGAACUGCAGCCACAAACUAAUUUAGAGUUUUUGUGUGGGUGGGGAAUUAUACUCCCCCACGUACGCCAUAUCGCCAUCUGUAGGUAGAGGGGGGGGGAAUCAUCCUCAGCUAAGGAAUUAAGGAAGUUUAUGAAAACAAGAUCUUUCUAGUUGACAAAAGGGGGUUUGUUGUUGUUCUAAAAAUUUAAAAAAACUACUAUUUUUGUGUUUGAGGAACCAAGUUUAAAGUGGCGGCUCGUAUCUGCUUCCAUUGGCUGGGGGCCGGGUCCUCUGACCCCAAAAGCAUCGGCUGCAGGGAAGGGAACAUUCCCUUCCAGCAUUCCCAUUCUGUCCCAACGUUCCAAUUGCUUCCAACAUUUUCCAUUCUGUCCCCCCUUUUACACAUUAUCAACCUCGACAUGUCCAGAACUAUUUUGCUCAAAAAGAAAACGUGCUGCUGUUAUGCUGGGGUCUCCCGUUUUGUUGUUUAUAUUGAUAUUUUGAUAUUGAUGUUGUUUUAAAAUUUAUUUGUUAUAUUGUAAUGUUAUAUUUUGGUGUUGUUGAUGGGUUAAAUUGUGUGGUUUAUUAAUUGAAAUGAUUUUAUUUAGUCCCCGGUACUCGUUUAACUGGGUUUGCAAGGUUUGGGUUGAUAAAGGGGGUUGGUGUUGCCUCUAAAGAAAUUUGGAAAGAGCUGUACGUUUUCAAAAGGAAAUAUUAUUUUUUUGGACCCCUUUUUUUUGGGGUUUUCGGGGGGGUUUUUUGGGGCCGGGCUGUCCCUUUUCCUCCUCAUGGGUUCUCUUUCUCUCCCUUCUUGGGGGCCCCUGGGGGGUACUCUGUCCUGUCUCGCUCUCUUCUCUCUCUCUCUCGCUCUCGGUCUGUGUCUCGCGCUCUCCCUUCUGUCUCUCUCCCUCUCUCUCUUCUCUAUUUCUCUCUCUCUCGCUCUCUGUCUGUGUCUCUCGCUCGGCGGGGGUCGGCUCGCUCUGUCCUGUGUGACGCCUGUGGAGCCUCUCCUCCUCUCCCUUCUGCUCUCCCGCCUCUCUCUCUCCCGCAUAUUUUCUUGCUUCAUAACGUCGGCAACUCUUUCAAACGCAUUAUUACAGUCCUCUAUCGCUUUCUUUCACCAUUCUCAAUUCUUUAUCCCUUAUUAUUCUCCUCUCCUUCUCUCUCCCUCCCUCUCCUUCGGCAUCUCUCGUCGCCUCGCAGGUUGUUUUCUCAGAGGGUGUUGAGAAGGAAAAGGAAGCCUGGUGUUUGACACAAUCCGCCAGGAAAAACGUGUUGGAACUCAUCUAACGGAAGAACACUUGGCCUGGGGAUGGACCUUCUAAACCCUGGCCCUAGAACCUAACCUGAACCAUACACCUAGCCUUAACCCUGGCCUGGUAUUACCUCUAACCCUGGCCCUAAACCUAACCUUAACCCUACACCUAGCCUUAACCCUGGCCUGGUAUGACCUCUAACCCUGGCCCUAAACCUAACCUUAACCCUACACCUAGCCUUAACCCUGGCCUGGUAUGACCUCUAACCCUGGCCCUAAACCUAACCUUAACCCUACACCUAGCCUUAACCCUGGCCUGGUAUGACCUCUAACCCCUGGCCCUAAACCUAACCUUAACCCUACACCUAGCCUUAACCCUGGCCUGGUAUGACCUCUAAACCCUGGCCCUAAACCUAACCUUAACCCUACACCUAGCCUUAACCCUGGCCUGGUAUGACCUCUAACCCUGGCCCUAAACCUAACCUUAACCCUACACCUAGCCUUAACCCUGGUCUGGUAUGACCUCUAACCCUGGGCCCUAAACCUAACCUUAACCAUACACCUAGCCUUAACCCUGGCCUGGUAUGACCUCUAACCCUGGCCCUAAACCUAACCUUAACCCUACACCUAGCCUUAACCCUGGCCUGGUAUGACCUCUAACCCUGGCCCUAAACCUAACCUAACCAUACCCGAGCCUUAUUAAACCCUGACCCUGGCCUGGUAGGACUCUAACCCGAAAACUAACCUUAACCCUACACCGUACUUAACCCUGGCCUGGUAUGACUCUCUAACCCUGGCCCUAAACCUAAACCUUCAACCCUACACCUAGCCUUAACCCUGGGCCUGGUAGACCUACCCUGGCCCUAAACCUAAACCUUACCCUACACCUAGCCUUACCCUGGCCUGGUAUGAACCCCUGGCCCUAAACUACCUAACCCUAACACCUAAGCCUAACCAACCCUGUUUCUGUAUGACCUCUAACCAUGGCCCUAAACCUAACCUAACCCCUCCACCUAGGCCUUACCUUAACCCUGGCCUGGUAUGACCUCUAACCCGGGCCCGAAACCUAACCUUAACCCUACACCUACGUAUAACCCUUGCCUGGUAUGACCUAACCCUGGCCUAACCUGACACCUUAACCCUACACUAGCCUAUAACCGCCUGGCCUGGUAUGGACCCCUAACCCCUGGCCCUAAACCUAACCUUAACCCUACACCUAGCCUUAAACCCUGGCCUGGUAUGACCUCUAACCCUGGCCCUAAACCUAACCUUAACCCUACACCUAGCCUUAACCCUGGCCUGGUAUGACCUCUAACCCUGGCCCUAAACCUAACCUUAACCAUACACCUAGCCUUAACCCUGGCCUGGUAUGACCUCUAACCCUGGCCCUAAACCUAACCUUAACCCUACACCUAGCCUUAACCCUGGCCUGGUAUGACCUCUAACCCUGGCCCUAACCUAACCUAACCCUACACCUAGCCUUAACCCUGGCCUGGUAUGACCUCUAACCCUGGCCCUAAACCUAACCUUAACCCUACACCUAGCCUUAACCCUGGUCUGGUAUGACCUCUAACCCUGGCCGUAAACCUAACCUUGUACACUUGAGUCUCUGUGUUGUGGAGGUUGGGGUGUUGUAGUGAUGGUAUCAUGUCUGUGUUGGGGUGUUGUAGUGAUGUUGUAUUGUCUGGAGGUGGGGUUGUUGUAGUGAUGUGGUAUCAUUCUGUGUUGUGGAGGUAUUUGGGUUGUGUAGUGAUUUGUAUGAAGUCUGUGUGUAGGUUGGGGUUUUAGUGGAUGUUUUAUCUGCUGUGUUGUGGAGGUUGGGGGUGAGGUUGUAUCAUUCUGUGUUGUGGAGGUUUGGGGGGGUUGUUCGUGCUUUUUUGUUCCUGAUGUGUUGUGGAUGUUGGGGGUUGUAUGAUGUUGUAUCCAUGUCUGUGUUUUGGCGGUUGGUGGGGUGGUAGUGAUGUUGUGUAGGUUGGGGGUGUUGGUCGUGAUGUUGUCUGAUGUCUGUGUUGGGUGUAGGCUUGCGGGGGGUUGUAGUGCUGGUGUCUGUGUUGUGUCUUUGGCUGGGGGAAAUUUUUGUCGUUUGAUGUUUUAUCAUGUAGUGUUGUGGAGGUUUGGGGGUGUUUUAUUGCCUUUUGUCUCAUGUCUGUUUGUGUAUUUGGGUGUGGGUUGGUGGGGGGGUUUAGUGAUGUUGGUCGGUCUGUUGUUGUGGAGGUUUGGGGGUGUUUGUAGUUGGAUGUUGGUAUCAUGCCUGUUUUUGUUGGGGUGAUGUAGUGAUUGUUGUAUCGAAUGUCUGUUUUGUAGGUUGGUGGUGUUGUAUGAUGUUGUAUCAUGUCUGUGUUGUUGUAGGGUUUUGGGUUUGUAGUGAUGUUGUACAUGUCUGUGUUUGUGGAGGUUGGGGUGAUGUUUGUAUCUGUCUGUGUUGUAGAGGUUGGGGGUGUUGUAGUGAUUGUUGUAUGAUGUCUUUGUUGUGGAGUUUGGUGGUGUUGUAGUGAUGUUGUAUCAUUCUGUGUUUUGGGGGGUUGGGGGGGGUUGUAGUGAUGUUGUAAUCCUGUAAUGUGUUGUGGAGGUUGGGGGGGUUGUAGUGAUGUUGUGUAGGUUGGGUGUGUUGUAGUGAUUUGUAAGGUGUCUGUUUGUGUAUUUUGGGGGUGUUUGUAGUGAGUUGUCUGGGUGUGUAUGUUGGGGGGUUGUAGUAUGUGUUCAUGUAUGUGUUGUGGAGGUUGGGGUUGUUGUAGUGAUGUUGUAUCUUCGUUUUUGGAGUUGGGGGUGUUGUAGGAUGGUUUUAUCAUGUCUUUUUGUGGGGUUUGGGGGGGUUUAGUGAUGGUGUAUCAUGUCUUUGUUAGUGAUGUUUUUAAUCUGUCUUUGUUGUGGGAGGUUGGGGGGUUGUAGUGAUGUGUACAUCAUGUCUGUUUUGUAGUGAUUUUGUAUCUGUCUGGGUUGUGAGGUUGGGGUGUUGUAGUGAUGUUGUAUCAUGUAUUGUUGUGGAGGUUGGGGGUGUUUUUGUCGUGAUGUUGUAUCCUGUCUGUGUUGUUGAGGUGGGGGUGUGUAGUGAUGUUUGUAUGAUGAUCUGUGUGUAGUUGGGGGUGUUGUAGUGAUGUUGUAUCAGUCUGUGUUGUGGAGUGUUGUGGGUGUUGUAGUGAUGUUUGUAUCAGUAUCAGUAUGUGUUUUGGAGGUUUGGGGUGAUUUGUAUAAUGUCUGUGUUGUGGAAGGUUGGGGUGUUUUAGUGAUGUUGUAUCAUGUAUGUGUUGUGGAGGUUGGGGUUGUGUAGUGGAUUUUGUAUCAUGUCUGUGAUGUAGGUUGGGGUGGUGUUAGUGAUGUUGUAUGAUGUCUGUGUUGUGGAGGUUGGGGUGAUGUAUCAUGUCUGUGUUGUGGAGGUUGGGGGUGUUGUAGUGAUGUUGUAUCAUGUCUGUUGUGUAGGUUGGGGGUGAUGUAGUGAUGUUGUAUAAUGUAUGGUGUUGUGUAGGUUGGGGGUGUUGUAGUGAUGUUGUAUCAUGUCUGUGUUGUGGAGGUUGGGGGGUUGUAGUGAUGUUGUAUCAUGUCUGUGUGUAGGUUGGGGGUGUUGUAGUGAUGUUGUAUCAUGUCUGUUGUGUAGGUUGGGGGGGUUGUAGUGAUGUUGUAUCAUGUCUGUUGUGGAGGUUGGGGGUGUUGUAGUGAUGUUGUAUCAUGUCUGUGUUGUGUAGGUUGGGGGUGUUGUUCACUCCUCUGCUUCCUGCUGUACAGAUCAUCAAACUACUGCUUCUCUUCUACAUGAAGAAGGUACAUAAACCUCUGUUUUGAUCACUGUGCCAUGAUCAUCCUGGUAACUGGACUAUGUAGACUACUUAUAUUGGAACUACAACUGAAUGUCAACUGACCUUGAACCUUGUCUUGACUCUGUACCUUGAUCAAACGGUUCUCUGACAGUAUUCUCCCCCCCACCAGACUAGUGUAAUGAUGAACUGCCAGUCCCCUAGGAAGCCCUAUAGAGCCAGUCAGAUGACCACCAUCUUCAUCACACUCCUCUGCUUCCCUUCAUUCCUGGGGGCUGCCGUGUGUGUUACCUACACUAUGUGGAGGUAGGGAGAUGGACUGGUGUCAGUACCACACUCUGAUGUCAGUAACACACUCACUGAACAUAUUGAACACACUCACUGAACAUAUUGAACACACAUUAGCAAAUUCAAACACACAUAUACCUGCAAUAUACAGUAUUCACAUUGAUAUACUAUAAUAUCUAUAUACCUUCCUCCCCUCCUCUCCCUCCAGUAUCCGUCCGUCUGAGUCAUGCGGUCCGUUCCGUAGCCUGUCCACUAUGUUCCAGUCAGGGAAGCUGUGGGUGAAGGAGUUGGGGAGACACAACCCUAACCUGGCCUGGCUAGCCUGGGCUCACAGCUACAUCGUGGAGAACCCUCUGUUUCUGUUCCUGGCUGCUGGGAUCUUCCUGUGAGUGGGUACACACACACACACACACCACACCACACACACGCACACGCACACGCACACACCACACACACACACACACACACACCACACACAACACACACACCACACACACACCACACACACACACACACACACACACACACACACACACACACACACCACACACACACACACAACACACACCACACACACACACACACCACACACACCACAACACACACACACACACACACCACACACAGACACACACAGACACACACACAACACACACACAACACAGACACCCCACACACACACACACAGAACACACCCGACCCCACACACCACACACAACACCACACACCACAACACAGACACAACACACACACACACACCACACACACACAGACACACACAGACAGACACCUUUCCUGGCUAGCCCGGGCUCACUACAUUGUGGAGAACCCUCUGUUUCUGUUCCUGGUGUCUUCCUGUGAGUGGGAUGAUUCUGUGAGGGAUUUGACACAAACUAAGUUCCUUCAGGAUGUUUUGAUCAUUUCCAUUUCUGUCAGUAUCUCUGUAUCAAUAGAACGUUAUUGUGAUUUUGUGUGUUUUCAUACACUCUCUCUCUUUGUCUCUCUCAGGGUAGUGAUUUACUUCAACACCCAGGUGGUGGAUGGACAGAGGAAGAUCAUCAGUCUGCUGCAGGAGCAGAUAGAAAACGUAAUGUCUCAACUAAUGUGACUUAACCCUUUAUAACAGUGUUAUACAGAUAGAAAACGUAAUGUCUCAACUAAUGUGACUUAACCCUUUAUAACAGUGUUAUACAGAUAGAAAACAUACAAUACUAAUGUCAUAAUAACACUGUAAUAAAUAUUUACCUUUAGAAAACAUCUGAAACCCUACCUCUUCAAAGAGUAUCUUAAAUAAUCCCAGAUAGAGACUUUGCUGAUAGCUACUUUAUUGAGAAAAAAAUGUACUUACUAUGACAUGUGGUUGUCCCACCUAGCUAUCUUAAGAUGAAUGCAUUAACUGUAAGCUGCUCUGGAUAAGAGUGUCUGCUAAAUGACUAAAAUGUCAAUGUAGAAAAUGUACGUUCAACACUCUGUGUAUACAAGCACUUAACUUGGCAUAACGUGUUCUAACACUGUGUAUAAUGUAUUAAUUGCCAGCUACAUGGUUGUUGCCUGGUAACCUGUUCUAACACUGUGUAUAAUGUGUUAAUUGCCAGCUACAUGGUUGUUGCCUGGUAACCUGUUCUAACACUGUGUAUAAUGUGUUAAUUGCCAGCUACAUGGUUGUUGCCUGGUAACCUGUUCAUUCUCUCUCUAGGAGGGGGAGGAUAAGAAGUUCCUGAUCACUCGUCUCCAGGCCCUCCACCAGCAGAAACCACCCUUCUCUCCUCGCAGACUCACCAGUCAGGCCAGUCAGGUGUGUGUGUGUGUGUGUGAGAUAAAUAAAAAAGAGAGGGAGUGUGUGUGUGUGUGUGUGUGUGUGUGUGUGUGAGUGUGUGUGUGUGUGUAUGUGUGUGUGUGCAUGCAUGCAUUAUUUUGUUCCCAAUUUCUUCUGGCUCACAUUUCUGACAACACUCUUUCUCCUGUCUUCUUCCCAGGAUUCCAACGGCUAG